GGGAACCCAGUUUCGGAGGAACUUUUCGCGGGCACCCGGCCGCCACCCAGGACAGGGCGGGGCGCAAACGCGCGGAGCGGCAGCGCUCGCUGAGACAGUCGGUGAGGCCGGCGGGCCCGGCGGGCCUCCCGGAGGAGGCGACUGCAUCAUGGAUGAGGCGCCCUUCAGCGAGGCUGCCUUGAAACAGGCACUGGCCGAGCCGUGCGAGCUGGACGCGGCGCUGCUGACUGACAUCGAAGACAUGCUUCAGCUCAUCAACAACCAAGACAGUGACUUCCCUGGCCUGUUUGACCCCCCCUAUGCUGGGGGCGAAGCAGGGGGCACAGACCCCCCCAGUCCUGAAGCCACCUCCCCGGGCAGCUUGUCUCCAACUCAUGUCGCGAUGAACUCCCCACUCGAAGCCUUCCUGGGAGGGCCUAAGGCAGCACCCUCACCUGUGUCCCCUCCCCAGCCUGCAUCUGCACUGAAGAUGUACCCAUCUGUGCCUGCCUUCUCCCCUGGGCCUGGUAUCAAGGAGGAGCCGGUGCCGCUUACCAUCCUGCAGCCCCCCGCGCCGAAGCCCCUGUCAGGGGCCCUCCUGCCCCAGAGCUUUCCAGCCCCGGCCCCAGCGCAGUUCAGCUCUGCCCCUGUGUUGAGCUAUCCCAGUCCUCCUGGAGGCUUUGCCGCAGGUACACCUCCAGGGAGCACCCCACAGCCGCUGCCUGGCCUGCCAGGGGCCCCACCCAUCUCCUUGCACACCCAGGUCCAGAGCACAGCCCCUCAGCAGCUGUUGACGGCCGCAGCCACCCCCACAGUGGGCCCUGGAACCACCACUGUGACCUCGCAGAUCCAGCAGGUCCCGGUCUUGCUGCAGCCCCACUUCAUCAAGGCAGACUCUCUGCUCCUGACAACCAUGAAAACGGACAUGGGAGCCCCCAUGAAGGCAGCGGGUGUCAGCUCCCUGGCCCCUGGCACAGCUGUGCAGACAGGGCCUUUGCAGACCCUGGUGAGUGGCGGAACCAUCUUGGCGACAGUGCCACUGGUAGUGGACGCUGACAAGUUGCCCAUCAACCGGCUGGUGGCCAGUGGCAAGGCCUUGGGCUCGGCCCAGAGCCGUGGUGAGAAGCGUACAGCUCACAAUGCCAUUGAGAAGCGCUACCGCUCCUCCAUCAAUGACAAGAUCAUCGAGCUGAAGGACCUGGUAGUGGGCACUGAGGCGAAGCUGAAUAAAUCUGCUGUCUUGCGUAAGGCCAUCGACUACAUCCGCUUCCUACAACAGAGCAACCAGAAACUCAAGCAGGAGAACUUGGGUCUGCGCACUGCUGCCCACAAAAGCAAAUCUUUGAAGGACCUGGUGUCAGCUUGUGGCAGUGGAGGCAACUUGGACGUGCGCAUGGAGGGCAUUCAGCCUGAGGUGGUGGACACACUGAGCCCACCACCCUCAGAUGCAGGCUCACCCUUCCAGAGCAGCCCCUUGUCCCUUGGCAGCAGGAAUAGUGGCAGUGGUGGCAGUGGCAGUGACUCUGAGCCCGACAGCCCAGUCUUCGAGGACAGCCAGGGAAAGCCAGAACAGCUGCCGUCCCCCCACGGCCGGGCCAUGCUGGACCGCUCCCGCCUGGCCCUGUGUGCGCUCGUCUUUGUCUGUCUCUCCUGCAACCCUUUGGCCUCCCUGCUGGGCAGCUGGGGUCUCUCUGGCCCCUCGUAUGCCACCAGCAUCCACCAGGGUUCCAGGCGCAACAUGCUGGGCACUGAGGACAGAGAUGGCCCUGGCUGGGCCCCGUGGCUGCUGCCCCCACUGGUCUGGCUGACCAAUGGGCUGCUGGUGCUAGUCGCCUUGGCGCUUCUCUUUGUCUAUGGAGAGCCGGUCACGCGGCCCCACUCAGGCCCGGCUGUGCACUUCUGGAGGCAUCGCAAGCAGGCUGACCUGGACUUGGCCCGGGGGGACUUUGCCCAGGCCGCCCAGCAGCUGUGGCUGGCCCUGCGCGCGCUGGGCCGGCCCCUGCCCACCUCCCACCUGGACCUGGCCUGUAGCCUGCUCUGGAACCUCAUCCGCCAUCUGCUGCAACGGCUCUGGGUGGGCCGCUGGCUGGCAGGCCGGGCAGGGGGUCUGCAAAGGGACUGCGCUCUGCAGGCAGACGCCCGUACCAGUGCCCGAGAUGCGGCCCUUGUCUACCACAAGCUGCACCAGCUUCACACCAUGGGGAAGUACACUGGUGGGCACAUCGCUGCCACCAACCUGGCGCUGAGUGCGCUGAACCUGGCAGAAUGUUCAGGGGACACUGUGUCUGUGGCCACGCUGGCUGAGAUCUAUGUGGCCGCCGCGCUAAGGGUCAAGACCAGUCUCCCGCGGGCCUUACAUUUUCUGACACGCUUCUUCCUGAGUAGCGCCCGCCAGGCCUGCCUGGCACAGAGUGGCUCAGUGCCGCUUGCCAUGCAGUGGCUCUGCCACCCUGUGGGCCACCGUUUCUUCGUGGAUGGGGACUGGGCCGUGUGCAGCCCCCCGAGGGAGAGCCUGUACAGCUCGGCUGGGAACCCAGUGGACCCCCUGGCGCAGGUGACUCAGCUGUUCCGUGAACAUCUCUUGGAACGAGCACUGAAUUGUGUGGCCCAGCCUAGCCCCAGCCCUGCAUCAGCUGACGGGGACAGGGAAUUCUCAGAUGCCCUUGGGUACCUGCAGCUACUGACCAGCUGUUGCGACGCCGCCGGGGCUCCGGCCUGCAGCUUCUCCAUCAGCUCCAGCAUGACCGCCACCACCGGCACAGACCCAGUGGCCAAGUGGUGGGCUUCCCUGACGGCUGUGGUGACCCACUGGCUGCGGCGGGACGAGGAGGCAGCUGAACGACUGUACCCACUGGUAGAACACCUGCCCCUCGCCCUGCAGGAGUCAGAGAAACCCCUGCCAAGGGCAGCUCUGCACUCCUUCCGGGCUGCCCGGGCCCUGCUGGGCCGCGGGAAGGCAGAGUCUGGCCCGGCCAGCCUGACCGUUUGUGAGAAGGCCAGUGAGUACCUGCAGGACAGCCUGGCCACUACACCAGUUGGCAGCUCCAUUGACAAGGCCAUGCAGCUGCUCCUGUGUGACCUGCUCCUUGUGGCGCGCACUAGCCUGUGGCGGCGGCAACAGCUGCCUGCACCAGCCCAGGCCUCGCAGGGCCCGAGCAAUGGAGCCCAGGCCUCUGCCCUCGAGCUGCGUGGCUUCCAGCGGGACCUGAGUGGCCUGAGGCGUUUGGCGCAGAGCUUCCGGCCAGCCAUGCGGCGGGUGUUUCUACAUGAGGCCACAGCCCGGCUGAUGGCAGGGGCCAGUCCCACGCGGACACACCAGCUGCUGGACCGCAGUCUGAGGAGGAGGGCAGGCCCCUGCAGCAAAGGAGGUGCGGGGGUGGAGCUGGAGCCAAGGCCCACGAGGCGGGAGCAUGCCGAGGCUCUGCUGCUGGCCUCCUGCUACCUGCCGCCCUGCUUCCUGUCGUCCCCGGGGCAGCGCGUGGGCAUGCUGGCCGAGGCGGAGCGCAUGCUCGAGAAGCUCGGCGAUCGCCGGCUGCUGCACGACUGCCAGCAGAUGCUCAUGCGCCUGGGCGGCGGGACCACGGUCACCUCCAGCUAGAUCCCCGCUGGCUGCCCGGGCGCCAGCGCCCGUCUUGAGCCACCUCGGCGCCCUUUGGCUGUGUCCCGGGCCGGAGCCUCGAUGGCAAAAGGCAGCUCCGGAGACCCCGGUGUCCAACCAUGGACUGCAUUGUCUUGGCGGACGGGGGAGGGAGGCGGGAGACUGGGAGACCCUGGAGGGCUUUUGCUUCUUGACAUGGGAGGUCAGAAGGGGCGCGACCCCGCCGCCACUGCCGGCUCCCCAUCGUGAGGAGUGGCGGCCAGGGUGGUGCUGACCUCUGGUGGCCGAUCGGGGGAUUGCAGGGGCCGCGCCCCUGCAAUUGGUGUCACCUCUUUGCAGGCACCCAGUGGCUUUUCCCUCUCCUGUCUAAAGGGAAGACAGGUACAUGUCAUUCAGCUAAGGGAGCCUGAUUUGGCCCUCCUGGGCAGCAAGGGGGCCCUGCUCCAAGGCGCCUCUUUCCCUUCUGGGGAGAUCUGUACAUAGUGUAGAUCAGGGCGCGCCAGUCUCCUGGCCUCUGAGGCUCAAGUAUUACUUUGCCUUUUGCAAACUUUAUUUUCAUAGAUUGAGAAGUUUUGUACAGAGAAUAAAAAAUUAUUUAUAA